AAAAUCCUCUAAAGCAAACGAAGAAGAGGCGGAAGCGGAAAUAAGGUUCUUUUGUUUUGAAAGAGGGAAAUUUAAAAACUCGACGGUGUUAGUCGGAAAUAAACAAAAGCAUUGGGAGUAAGCCUUCAAAAAACGACAGGAAAAUGGACGCAAACUAACACUCUUCGCCCCUGAAUGUAAAGGUUGGUUCACACAAACAUGAAGAAAAAGGCAAGGAGGUCGCAGGAGACACACAGAAACAGUGUCCAGGAGGAGUGCUGUGCUUUGUGUAGGUGCAGUGAUGAUGACCCAGCCAUGUUUGGGGAGAAAGUCACACUCAAAGAACAUAAACUCUCUGUCCACUACUUCUGCUUGCUAACAUCUUGUGGAGUUUAUCAGCGAGGAGAGGAAGACGAAGGCAUCUUCGGUUUCCUGGUGGAGGACAUCAAACAGGAGGCCCGCCGGUCAGCUCGACUGACAUGUUUUGGCUGUAAGAAGAAGGGAGCAUGUGUCGGCUGUAAUGUCAGGAGCUGUAGGAAGAUGGUUCACUUCCCCUGUGGGAGGAAGCAAAUGUUUGUCUCCCAGUUCACUGGACUCUUCCCAUCUUACUGUCCAGAUCAUAGUCCCUCCCAGUCUCUGUGUACUGGGUUAGACAUCAGUCUGCCUCGAUCCUGCUCCAUCUGUCUGGACUCUAUUGAUCCCGUUUUGUCUUACUCCAUCCUCAAGUGUCCAUCCUGCCAUACCAGCUGGUUCCACAGAGACUGUGUGCAGCGUCAGGCCCACAGUGCAGGCCUGUUCUUCUUUAGAUGUACCCUGUGUAACAACAAGGAAAACUUCCAGGAGGAAAUGCUCAGAAUGGGAAUAUACAUCCCAGAGAGAGAUGCCUCGUGGGAGUUGGAGGCAAAUGCAUAUGCAGAACUGUUGGAGGUUUACAAACGCUGUGACGCUCUCACCUGCCUCUGCAACAAUGGUUGUACACACUCUGCCAAGAGCGGAUGGUUUGAGGUGAUCCGCUGCCGACUGUGUGGCUCUAGAGGGACUCACAGGAAAUGUUCGGGACUAAAGUUGGACACUAAAGACUGGGCCUGCACUGACUGCACACAAGCGACAGAUGGGAAAGCCUCCCUUGUUAGGUCUCCUCAGGGAGGUCCGAGGAGAAGUCUGCUGUCCAAACGCCACAGGCCUUCAGUUCACUCCUCCAUCAGCUGUAAAAGACCAUCUUUACCCGAAAGAUCUGGAUCGCCUGAAGAGCUCCUGCAGUCUUUGGUCCCUCAGCUUCAUCCCCCAAGUGUCCAGGUGGAGGUGAUCGGGGACCAGGCUCUGUCAGCUGGUCUCGACUUAGUCAGGAGGGCUGAUUUUGACCCCACACAAACUCUGUCUGUCAGGUUCAAAGACAUAGAUCAGACUCCCCUUCCCAACAACCUCUGGGACAGUGACACAGCCAAGGAGUACUUCCUGAAGCUGCUGAUGCAGCAGAUACAGGAGUGUGUAGUGUUCGAGGGCCCAGAUGGAUCCAAAAACUUGGCGCUGGACUCAGAGGCUCUGCAUGAGGACCUUUAUUUUGAUGUCGGCUGCCUGCUGGCCCUCUCUCUGGUCCAUGGUGGUCCACCUGUUGGCUUCUUCUCGCGUGCUCUCUAUCAGUGUCUAUUCAACUACCCAGCCAACCGUCCCCUUAAUGUCACACAUAUGACCCCUGACACACACUUCACCCACCAGGUCACCAGGAUCACAGAGGCAGAGUCUUUAGAAGAGCUAAAAGAAGUCAUGGCAGUCAGCUGGGAGUACCUGGAACUAGCUGGCUGUAAUCGACCAAUCAGCAGCCUGAAGGAGAGAGAGGCUCUGGUGGAGGAUUUGGUGAGCUUCACCAUAAUCACCAGGAUGCAGCUGCCACUGCAGAGGUUUCGGGAAGGUCUACAGACUUUGGGUGUCUUUGAUCAGGUUCAGCUCUUCCCAUCUGUCUUCUGUGGAGUUUUCUGCGAAGCUGGUGAUCAUCUCACAGCUCAGAAGAUUGGUCAGCUCUUCACCAUCAACUUCUCUGAGCAGGAGGAAAAAUUGAAACGAGAGACGCCCGUUGUCACCUUCUGGAGGCACUUCCUGCUUGAGUGUGAAGUUGGAAGGAGCUCCAUCUCCCUUCAGGACCUCCUUCGCUUUGCCACAGGAAGUGCCAAGCUACCAGUUGUCAGUGCCGUCUCUUCUCCCUCCAUCUCCUUCCUCCAUCCUCUCACACCCUCCCCAUUAGGAUUCAAAGAAGGGAGAGGUGUGGACUGGAGGGAUGAGGGACUCUUCCCUCAGAGUGAGCCUGAGUCCAAACACCUCCUCCUACCCAUCACUUCCUCCUACCAGGCUUUUAAAAGCUCCAUGGAGCAGGCCAUCAGCCACCAUGUGCACCUUCUCCCCUCAGAUGGUUAAAGAAGUAGGUGGGGUUGGCUCUGGUCUGGUUUGGGAUCUGUGUUUGAAGAUAAACUCUGAUUGUUUUUUUGUUUUUUUCCAAGGGGUUUCUUUGUGAUUGACAGAGAGAAAUUUGGGCAAUGUACGCAUUUAAAACAUAAUGAACAAGGUUUUUUGAUGUUUUGUUAAAGAAAUCACUAUUUGCUUCAGCAAGAAAAACUUUCAGUAUCGUAGCUGGUUGAGUGGUAUUGUUUACAGAUACCAUGACACGGUAUUAAUGUGUAGACCUUAGUGUUUUCUAUAUCAUUUAUACUGAGUUAGCUGGUGUUGUAUACCUAGAGGACCGACAGUGUUACGUAAUACUCUUCUUUUUUCUGACAUAUGUAUAAUAUUCUUUAGUAGAAUGCUAGCGCAGCAUGCCUUCACAAGCUCGGAAGAGUGCAAACUCACAAGCACUAGGCGAUUCCUGUCAAUAGGCUUCUUGGAGUUGGCUGAUAAGAAGAAAGAAUGUUCUGUAUGUUCUUUUGAAGAUGUAAAUCUAGAUGCAAAUAUCCAUCCCUUUAUCUAUUUACUUAACUGCUUAAACAAGCACGGAAUAUGAAUUGAACCACAAACCCUUUCCUUCUUGUGGCGCUCUGCUCCAAGCUCAAAGGUUCCUGCUGAGGAUCCAAGCUGUUAAACGCCUCACAAAUAGUUUGAUCUUGACGGCAGCAUCCGUGGAUCAGUCCUGACUUGAAGCUGUCAGCGACGGGUGUUUGGGUACAUUGAAAUUUUGUCCUUUCGAAAAAGCUAGACUUCAAUAUUAAAACACUUCUUGAAGGCUGUAGUUACCUGAAGUGAAGCUACUAUCGUGUCUCUGUUAUUACAACCUUGCAAACACAUUCUGAGUCAUGAGAGUGGUGCAUUAUUGUUGUUGUUUGUUUGUUUUUAUCUACGUUUCUUUUACAAUAACACAUUUGACCAAAUAGGCUUCAGUUCAUUUUUAAUGCUUGUCUCUCCAUAGAGCUUGUCUCUCUUUUGAUUGUAUCCCAGUAUAUCUUAAAUACAUUUAUGCUUAUGGUGAUUGAGGAUUUUGUAAAUAUUGUUUGUAGUUGCCUAAUGAUUAAUCCUGCCUCAUGUGUUGUUUUUCUGGGUUUGGAGGUGUGGGGAGAUUUUUUUGGGGGUGGGGGGCAUUUUAGAGACAGAAAACAUUGAUGGCCAAAACGCCCCUCAUCCUGGAAUUGUCCUUGGAAUCCAUUUAGCAUUAAAAGGUCUUCAACCGUCGUCACUUUCUGUUAUGUAAUCUCAACAUCUUUUGUGAUACGGUGCUGAUUUUGUAACCUUAACUUUUAGUUCAGUCAUACUUUACUGUACAUAUUUUUCAAAAACCUCUUUUAACGAGCUGUCCUUGCUUUCUUUGUACUUUGUUCAUAUUUGCAGAUAUAAAGAUUAAAAAAAAACUCUGUAAUCAUUAUAUUUUAUCCAAAUGUAAACAAACAAGGGGUCUAUGUGUUGACAUUAAAUGAUGUUUCGGAAGUGAAA